GCAGUGGACUCACUUCCGCAGAGCUCACAGUAUUUUAGUUACAAAACUAAAUUUUGCGACAGUAAUCAACAAGUGCGCGUCGCUGCAGGACGUUUACAAAAUAUUUAGUUAUUAUUAUCCCCUUCCGUUUAGCAUUGACCCAUUAAAAGUGUAUAUUUGUCAUUGCAACAAGGAUACAGCGAAGGAGAUACAAAUAUAAGUAGCAGUUGAUUGUGUGUUGAUAACAAAUAAUAAUAAAAAAGUGCGCUCUGAAAAUGGCAUGGCAGUUUUUGAAACGUCUAACACAAUCGGAUAGCAUUUUGCAAUCACUCCGUCCUUUAGCAUACAUAUCAUUGAUUGGUUUGGCACCAUUUCGUUUGAGUGUUAACAAAGAAGUACGCACUUCUGUCUUCUCCUUAAUCGCAGGCAUUGUGCACUUUAUUUUUUAUCUGCUUUGUUUCAUACUUUCGCUAUACGAAGGUGACUCCAUCAUAAGCUACUUCUUUCAGACCAGCAUAACACGAUUGGGCGAUUUAACACUCUCUUUAAGUGGCAUAAUUGCGAUGGUCAUGAUUUUCAGUUCGAUUUUAUUAAAGCGCAAUCUGCUACUUCAUAUCAUACAGAAUUGCUUGGUGGUGGAUGAUAUAUUUUUACGUUUGGGUCUGAAACUUGAUUAUCGCAAAAUAAUGUUAUAUUCAUUUGUUACUUCACUUGGCUUAUUGCUAUUCAAUUUCGUUUAUUUAUUGGUCAGCUAUAUGCUAUUGCGUUCUGCAGAAAUUUGGCCUUCAUUUGUGGUUUUCACAACCUUCGCAUUACCACAUUUAAAUAUAAGUAUUAUGGUUUUCAAAUUUCUAUGUACUACAUAUUUGGCGCGUUCGAGGUUUAGAAUGAUGAAUGAGAUACUCCAGGAUAUACUUGAUUCACACAUCGAGGAUCACGAUGCUGUGGAGCUGUCGCCCAUGCAUUCAGUAAUACGCAUGCAUAAUCAUAAUAACCCACAUAAUCAUACGCCAAUCGUUAUACAACCGACAGGUGCAACACGUCCACGUUACAGCGUCACUUCGCUGGUACGUCAGAAUCCCGAAAGAGCACUGAAACAAGUCAGCAAUGUACAUAAUUUGCUCUGUGACAUCUGUUAUACCAUUGAGGAUUAUUUUAACUACACAAUGUUAGCUAUUAUAGCUAUAUCUUUUCUAUUCAUUCUCUUUGAUGAUUUCUACAUUUUGGAAGCAAUAAUUACACCAAGUCGUGUUGAUAAAUUCGAAGCGGAUGAAUUUUUUGCAUUCUUCAUCACACAAAUGUUGUGGUAUGUAGUGAUAAUCUUGUUGAUCGUUGAGGGCAGCAGUAAGACAAUUAAGGAAAGUAACAAAACUGCUGCUAUUGUGCAUAAAAUAUUAAAUAUAUCUGAUGACUCGGCUGUGCAAGAUCGUCUAUUGCGUCUGUCGCUGCAAUUGUCACAUCGACGUGUGGCAUUCACUGGUGCUGGACUAUUCAAAUUAGAUCGCACAUUGAUUUUUACGAUUUCCGGCGCCGCCACUUGUUAUCUCAUCAUUCUUAUACAAUUUCGAUCCACUCCCUCCCACUGGGAUCGCCCGAGCUCAUCAUCUGUAGCCGGUGCAACCUCAGGAUAAAUAAUGUGCUUUAGAUUGUAUUUGAAAAAUGUAAUAAAAUAAAUGCCCCGCAAUUAUUGUACCAUCGGUUUAGUUUAGCGUACA